AUGGUGGAUGGCUGCAUUGAUUGGCUGGUGGACCUCAAGAAGUAUAUGGCCUUGGCAGGUGAGCCAGUGCGUGUGAAAUGCGCUCUUUUCUACAGCUAUAUCCGCACAAACUACAGCAUGGCACAAAGCACAGGGCUGCGUCUGAUGUGGUACAAAAACAAAGGGGAUUUCGAAGAGCCCAUUAUCUUCUCGGAAGGGAGGAUCAACAAGGAUGAAGAUUCCAUCUGGUUUCACACAGCAGAAGUCCAAGACAGCGGCUUCUACACCUGCGUUUUAAGAAACUCAACGUACUGCAUGAAAGUGUCCAUGUCGUUGACAGUUGCCGAAAAUGAACUUGGACUUUGUUACAACAGCACAAUUCGUUACUUAGAAAAAUCAGAAAUCACCAGGACCAAAGUCAUUUCCUGCCCAGAUACCGAGGAUUAUAAAGUGGGCAAGCAAGAGCCAGAUAUAAUCUGGUAUAAGGAGUGCAAGCCCAAAUUGUGGAGAAGCGUGGUCGUUCAGAAAGAGAACACACUUUUAAUAGAAGAUGUGCAGGAGGAAGACAGUGGAAAUUACACCUGUGAGCUGAAGUUCGAAGGGAAGCUGAUUAGACGCACAACUGAACUUAAAGUUACAGCUUUAGUCACCAACAGACCACCUCAGCCGUUGUAUCCAGUAGAGAAUCAGACAAGUCUUCUCGAAGUCCAGUUGGGUCAACCCCUCAAUGUGGUUUGCAAAGCGUUUUUUGGCUUCAGCGGCGAGUCGGGCCCCAUGAUCUACUGGACGCGAGGGGAAAAAUUUAUCGAAGAACUGGAAAGUCAUGUUAAAGAAGGCGAAAUCAGGCUCCUCAAAGAGCACCUUGGAGAAAAAAUUGUGGAGUUAACAUUAAUCUUUGACAUUGUGAAAGAAGCAGACCUAGCCAAUUACACAUGCCAUGUCGAAAACAGAAAUGGGAAGAAACAGGCGAGCAUCAUUCUGAGAAAACGAGAUCUGAUCUCCAGAAUUGAACUUGCUGGAGGUUUGGGAGCUAUAUUUCUCUUACUGGUUUUACUUGUAACCAUCUAUAAGUGCUACAAUAUAGAGCUGAUGCUAUGUUACAGACAGAUGUUUGGAGGAGAUGAAGCCAUGGAUGACAACAAAGAAUACGACGCCUACUUGUCAUACACAAAAGUCGAUCCCGAUACAUUAGACCGCGACAAUCGGGAGGAAGAACAAUUUGUCCUUGAAAUUUUGCCAGAUGUUCUGGAGAAGCAGUACGGAUAUAAGCUCUUCAUUCCAGACCGGGACCUCAUCCCUACUGGGACCUAUCUCGAAGACCUCACCCGAUGCAUAGAACAAAGCCGCCGUCUCCUGAUUGUCCUCACGCCGGAUUACGUACUCCGACGAGGGUGGAGUAUUUUCGAGAUGGAAAACCGACUCCACAACAUGCUCCUCGGCGGGGAGAUCAAGGUCAUUUUCAUCGAGUGCCCCCAGCUGAGAGGGAAAGUCAACUACCAAGAGGUGGAAUCCUUGAAGCACAGCAUCAAACUCUUCUCGGUCGUCCCGUGGAAAGGGCCCCAAAGUAACAAGCCGAAUUCUAAAUUUUGGAAACAUUUGCUCUAUGAGAUGCCGGCUAAGAAGAAAGAAGUGAUCUCGCGGCGCCAAGUCCUGGAUUCCGCCGAGCAGGGUCUCUUUGCUGACCUCCAAACAGUGCCUUCCAUCGCAGUGACGGACACUUCUGCUACUUUAAUUUCCUCUCAGGCAGACUUGGGCGAUUAUCCGCCCACCAACACAGCACAGAUGAGACACUACUGCAGAGGUUACGACUACAACGUGCAAUCGGCGACUCUCCCGCUCGCUGCCAUAAGCAGUAACCACCACACUUACUGCAAUAUACCCCUGACACUUCUCAACGGGCAGUUGCCGCUGAACAGCAGCGUGAAGGAUGUCCAGGACUUCCACAGAAACCCUGCUUUGCUCCCCUUAUCCACGAGAGAGUUGAGUUUCACCAGCGAUAUAUGGUAGCAGAGAU